AUGAACCUAGAAGUAGAACCACUGGAGAAGAAGAGAAAGACGAAGAAUCCAUUGCCACCACCUUCUCCUCCGUCGUUUUCUUUACUUCCAGAUGAGAUCACCGUGGACUGUUUAGCCCGAAUCUCGAGGUCAUAUUACCCGACACUCUCAACCGUUUCCAAAAGCUUCCGGUCACUUCUCUCUUCCUCCGAGCUCAUCGCAGCUCGAUCCCACCUCGGAAGCACCGAGAUGUGUGUCUAUGUCUGUCUAGCUGAUCGCAGUCGUCAACAUCCUCAGUGGUUUAGACUGUGGAUAAACCCUAAUAGAACCCUACCCAACUCCGUGACCAAGAAGAAGAAGACAAUCGGACAGUUGUUGGUUCCGCUUCCGGAUACAAACCUUCCUUCACCGCCAAGUCUCACCACCGUAGCUGUUGGUUCAGAAAUUUAUGCAAUUGGCGGACCAGUCGGCGGAGCACCGUCCUCUGCCGUGCAGGUCCUCGAUUGUCGCAGUCACACUUGGCGCGAUGCUCCCAGCAUGAAUUUAGCCCGGAAAGAUGCAUUGAGCUGUGUCUACGAUGGGAAAAUCUAUGUUUUUGGAGGGUGCGAAUUCAAAGACGAACCAUGGGGUGAGGUAUUCGACACAAAGACUCAGACUUGGGAACGGCUCCCUGAUCCGGGUUAUGAGGUAAGUAAGUUUAGGGUUAAAAGAAUCAGAGAGGUCGAAGGAAAGAUUUUCUAUGGUAGAUUUGAAGAAAAGAAUGCUUACGACACAAAGCAAGGUAAAUGGGAAUACGGUAAACCCUUGGUUCCAAAGGCUCCUAGGUCAGACGUACACUUGUUAAGACGCAAUAAAUUUGCCUUUAGCAUGCACGGGUACUUGUUGUAUGAAGUUGAGGGUGGUGACUGGAAAAAACUGAAAGGGUUAGAUUCACUAGAAGAUAAAUACAGGAGGAAUGGUGGUUGCUUUGGUUCAAUCCCUAGAAUAGUUAGUUGUGGUGGGGAACUCUUUUUUAUUUGGGAAGGAGGGUGUACUUGUAGGAAGAAGAUUUGGUGCGCAGGAAUCGUGCUUGAAGAGCGUUAUGGAGGUGAGAUGUGGGGAAACGUUGAGUGGGUUGAUGUUGUGCAUACCGUCCCAACAGAAUGUCGGCUCUUGCGCUGUCACGCCGUAUUGGUUUGA